AUGACACACAGUAACAACACUCCCUAUUACGAAGCAUUACCAACCAAUUUGAAACCAGUUCAUUACAAUGUCUCAAUUGCAGACAUUGACUUAAUCAAUGACACAUUCAAAGGAGUUGUUGAAAUUGACUUGAAUGUGAUUGAGCCUACUGAUGAAAUACACUUGAACUAUAGAGAUAUUACAGUGUCAAAGGAAAACAUUGAAAUCACCUAUGGCGAAAAAGUAGUGCCAAUUGAGUCACUCACUGAGUUCAAGACAAAGGAAUACUUUGUCAUCAAGUUGAAAUCAACUUUGGAAACUGGCAAAGCGUUUGUCAAGAUCAAUUACGAUGCCAUUGUUCAAACUAACAUGGCCGGGUUUUACAAAUCAGCUUAUUUGGAAGAUGGAGUUGAAAAAGCUAUGUUGAGCACUCAAUUUGAAGCCACGGAUGCAAGAAGGGCAUUUCCGUGUUUGGAUGAACCACUUUUGAAGGCAACUUUCAAAGUGAGAAUAACUGCCAAUUCAGAAUGGACAAUUAUUAGCAACACCCCAGUUGAAUCUCAAAGUGAUGCCUCCGAUGGGCUAAAGACAGUCGAAUUUGAAAAGACGCCAAUCAUGUCAACUUAUUUGUUGGCUUGGGCAUGUGGGGAUUUCGAGUAUGUUGAGAGUUUCACUAAGGACGAAUACAAUGGGAAGCCAUUACCAGUGAGAAUAUACACCACCAAGGGGUACAUUCACGAGGCUCAAUUGGCUUCGGAAAUCACUCCCAAAAUUGUUGAUUAUUUUUCAAAAAUUUUCCAAAUUAAGUACCCAUUGCCUAAAUUGGAUCUUAUUGCUGUGCAUUCAUUUUCGCACAAUGCCAUGGAAAAUUGGGGUCUUAUUACUUAUAGAUCAACAGCUUUAUUGUAUAAUGAAACCAAAUCGGAUCCAUCAUACAAACAAAAAGUGGCGUAUGUUGUUGCUCAUGAACUUGCGCAUCAAUGGUUUGGUAACUUGGUGACUAUGAAGUGGUGGGAUGAAUUGUGGUUAAAUGAAGGAUUUGCAACUUGGGUUGGAUUCUUGGCUGUUGACUACCUUUAUCCUGAAUGGGAUAUUUUUAGUGAGUUUGUUAGUGAAUCUUUGCAACAAGCUUUGGAAUUGGACGGGUUGAGAAACUCGCAUCCGAUUGAGGUACCAGUGGUUGAUGCAUUAGACAUUGAUCAAGUGUUUGAUGCAAUCAGCUAUUUGAAAGGUGCUUCAACAAUUUUGAUGAUUUCAAAGUACUUGGGAACUGAUUUAUUUCUUAAGGGAGUCUCACUGUACUUGAGCAAGAACAAGUAUGGUAACGCCACUAGUCAUGAUUUAUGGACAAGUGUUGGCGAAGUUAGUGGGAAGCCAAUAGAUCGAUUGAUGGAUACUUGGAUUAAAAAAGUCGGGUUCCCUCUUGUUAAUGUUGAAACAAACACGCAGAAGAAGUUGCUACUCUCGCAAGCGAGAUUUUUAAAUGGUGGUGAUGUGAAGCCAGAUGAAGAUGAAUCAAUUUGGUGGGUUCCAUUAAAUGCCAAAUCGGAUUCCCCGAUCCCCCUUGAUUCAUUCGAUCAAAGAAACGCGUCUGUUGAUGAUGUUGAUUUGAAAAAUGGCAAAUUCAUAAUUAACUCGGAUACUGCAGGCUUUUACCGAGUCAAUUACUCUGACGAAAUCUUGACUCAAAAUGUUAUUGCUCAUUUCGAUUCAUUGACGUCAAGGGACAAGGUUGGUAUCAUUGCUGAUUCGGCUGCUCUUGCAUGUGCGGGAAACAACUCGACCACAAAUUUCCUUAAAUUAGUUGAAAAGAUCGUGCCUCAAUUGGAUGAUGAUUAUGUUGUUUGGUUAGAAUUGGGUAAGAAAUUGAAUCAAUUCAGUAUUGUUUUCACCACUGAGGAGUCAAGAUCCAAAAUCAAUGCAUUUUUGAAACUGGUUUAUUCAAAAAGUGCAAUUGCUAUUGUCGAUAAAUUGAAAACAGCCCCAAGGGGCAAUCACAACUCCAACUUUAUCCAAACUAAAUUGAGGUCGGAAAUUUUGACUAAAGCUGGUAAGUUGCAAAUCCCAGAAGUUUAUGACUACGCAUUAUCUUUGUUCAGUAGUGAUGAGCCUAUUCAACCAUGGUUACGUUCAUUUGUGUACUCCACCAUCGCUUCAUCUCCAGAUUUUACAGAGGACCAAUUCAACAAGAUUUUAAAAUUGGUAACACACCCAGAUUCAUUGGAUUCUCGCGAAGUUGCAUUAGCUGCGCUUGGAUCAGUGACCAAUAAGACCAUAUCGAGUCAAUUAAUUGCAUUAUUGGUGAAACCAGAUAUCAUUCCAACAAUGGAUGCACAUUUCUUGGGACUGAGAUUGAGUGCCAAUAGUGCCACAAGAGAUGAAUUUCUUGAUUUCUUUUUAGACAAUUAUGAUGCUAGUUUUUACCAGAUUAUGUCGGCAAAUAUGGUAGUUUUGGAUCGUUUUGUGAAAUUGACGUUGAAGAAUUUCCAAAGUUUGGAGAAGUUGAACAAGAUUGACAAGUUUUUCAAAACUCGUGAUGUUCAUGGAUUUGAACGUGCUUUGAAACAAUCAUUGGAUCAUGUUAGAAUUAAUGCCAAUUGGUACGCUAGAGACCACGAUGAAGUGAUGUCCUUCUUGGAAAAGUAUUGA